UGAUCCAGAAAGAGAUACAUAAGUAUAUAUAUAUAUAUAUAUAUAUAUAUAUAUAUAUAUAUAUAUAUAUCGUUUCAACCGUUAUUAUCGCACAUCUGGAAAACUGGAACCAUGAAGAACGCUUAUCCAGUCGUAACGGCAGCCUCGUCCAAUCCGGUCGAUUCGGUCGAUUCGGUCGAUUCGGUCGAUUCUUCAAUAAGUCGGGAUAUAUCAAAGGACGAGAUCGAUAAUCAAACGUCACCAAUAAUAAGACUCAAACUCGACAAACCAUUGCAUUGGUAUUGGGAACUUACGACUACGGCCGACGACGCCCUUCCGGUUAUACAAUUGUUGGACAAGGACGGUCGUUUAUUGGUCGAGACAACAGGUAAAACUGCUCAAAGGGCUAGGGGCUCUUUUCGCGAAGGUUUGAUCAAUUACGAAAAAUUUCCUUUGUCCCCUAAAAUAUCGAGAUCCACGUCGGUUAAUUCCAAACGUGAACCAAUGCAAUCGAGUGGUAAUCGUAAUGUCGACGGUUUCAGUAACAAAUUUGGCCCGUUCGAGUUUGGUUACAAACCGAGAAAAUCUAGGAGUGACGCUAGUAUCAAGGUCAUUCGCGAUAAAAAAAUUAAAAACAAAGAGAACGACAAAGAGAUCGUUAAGAGAUAUUCUACCGGUGAUUUUUUACGUCGACAGAUUUUAGACGAUUUAAGAACGAAGAAUAUGUUUGACAAAAGCCCCGAUGAGAUUGCCAAGGAACGUUGUAGAAAGGUCAAGGCUUAUUUGAAAGGUCAAAGCGAUAUUGUUCAUUCGUCUAAUUAUAAAAUUAAUCGUGAUUAUUCGAAUGCAUUCGUACGGUCCAAUGAUAAAUUAGAUAAAAUCGAAUCGGAAGAGGAUCAUGGAUCCGAUGAGAAUAAUAAAUCGAAAUUUUAUUUAUCUAACACGAAUGACGAUAAUGUCGUUGAAUCGAUUAACAAAGAUUAUGUUGAUUCUGAUAAGCUCGUUAAAAUUCGUAGUUUUUUGACUGAGAAAUUGCGUGAAAGAAUGGAAUCUAAUAAGAACGUGGAUAAUAAUUUGACGAUUAAAAAAUUAUAUUUCGAUCGUAAGAACGUCGUCGAUUCUAAUAAUAUUGGAACGCAUUAUCGUACGAGAAAGGUAAGAAGCGAAACGAACGUAAUUAAUUCGUCAGGAAGAAGGAUGAGAUUUGAGAAGGAGAAUCAGGAGGAUAAUAACGAUAACGAUGAUGACGAUUAUGACGAUGAUGAUGAUGAAAAGGAUAUGAAUUUACGAGGAUCUUUCGGACUUAACGAAAGUGAAAAGAAAAAUGGACGCAACGUACGUUCUAUAUCAUCUUCGUUCGUUAAGAAAAAUAAUUAUCGUCGAUCGAAGAGCGACGCCUUGCUCGUAAGAAGAUCUAAUGAAUUCGUCGAACAACAAAGAAAAUAUAAAUCCACUAGGAGAGAAUCUACGGAUAAAAGGAGAACAUAUCGUAAAACGAAAAGCGAUCUUCAUUUUGAUAAUCCUAACACCGAGAAGGAAUUGGAUAGGAUCGAAAGAUCCUGGAAGGAUUAUAAGGAAAGAAAGAAACUUGAGAAACUUCAAAGAGAGAGGGGUUUGAAGGAGAAGGAUGAGGAAGUAGAGGUAGAGGUGAAGAAGAAGAAUGAAAAAAAAGAGGAUAAUUUUAUGUGGAAUAAGACAAGAACAACGAAGGACGUUAAAAGGGAAUUAUGCGUUACGAGAAAUUGUAAAGUAUGCCAAAAUCUUCGUAAUUCUUUAGGAACAACCAUUAACAACGAUAUUAUAUGUCCCUUCGAUAAUAAUAAUGGUACUGAUCGUAAUACCUUUGAAAAAUCAAUUGAUCCUAAUUCCCAAUCGUCGUCCAUUAUCGUCUCGCCCGAUUUUGGAUACAAUUCGAUACACAAGGCCGCGUUCAAAGAUUAUCGGGAAUUGUAUGCACGUUCGAACGUUAAAAAAAGUGCAACGUUUAAAAUAAUAGACGGUAGCGAGGAACACGAGGAUAGCUUUAAGGAAGAUGACGAUUCGAAUUUGAUCGAUGAUAAUGAAUCACGUCGUCAGGAUAAAACCGAGACGUUGCCGUUGAUUAAUAAAUCGAACGAGGACAUAGCCAGGGAUUAUUUCAAACGCGUUUACGAACUUUUGAAGAAACGUCAAGAGGAGGCACGUAAGAUAGCUGAGAAACGCGACGUCAUUGGAUACGACGAUUCUUCAUCCUCGAAUUAUGUCGAAGAAGUACGAAGGAGGAAGCACAGGCGUAGAAAGAGAGAUCCUGCUCAGGGUGAGGAAUUGGUAACGGUGACUCCGUCGAACGGAGGACAACAAGACAAUUGGAAGGUUCAACAACAACAACAACUACAACAACAACAACAACAACAACAACAACAACGUUCUCGCGGACAGUUACAAGCGGUGAAUAAACGAAUUCGUCCGAGCCCGCCCCCGCCGCCGCCGCCGCCACCACCGCCUCCGCUUAUAUCUUGCAAGGUCAAUGCCAAGGAUAUUGGCAAGUAUUUUGAUUGGCCGAACAAGGAGAAUACGCCUGGAAAUGCCGUGAAUAAUAAUAAUUCAAUUGCUAAGGGUGCAGUCAGUAAAAAGGCAAGGAAUUUUGUACAAAAGAAGGAUCAAGAAAAAGAGGAGGUGGUGGGGGAAGGUUUGUGGAGGCAGGAGGAAGAGGAGAAGGAGGUGGGGAAGAAGGAGGAAGAGAAGAAAGAGAAAGAGGAGAAGAAAGAGGAGGAGGAGGAGGAGGAGGAGGAGGAAGAGGAAGAGGAAGAGGAGUCAAUAAACGAAAUGGGCUCGAAUCUUAGCAGGCACAAUGGCAAAGGCCUAACUGGCCGUAGAACACAAUCUUCGGGAAACUUGUGCGAACCACCCAAGGGAAAGUUCAAUGGUAUGGGGAAAAUUCUGGUGCCUUGCUCUAGCAGCUCUCAGAGGGAAAGCAGGUAUAAGUUUUGUGGCUCGCUACCGAAUCAUUUAGAUGACAAGGAUGUUCUGGAUGAUGAUCGAAGAGAGAACAAUAAUAUCAUGUCGGAUACCAUUAGUGGAAAUCUCGGAGGUACGUUGCCGCAUAAGAAACGAUCCUUGGGAGUACAUUUCUCUGACGGUGGGCCCACUGGUGCUUUGGAUCUUGUUAAACAUCGAUCACAAGAUUCCUUGGACGAGAAUGAUCCUUGGAGAUAUCAACAGAGCGAUUUGGACUUGGUAAGAUGCCGACAUGGUAAUUUUGAUUCGGUAAGAAGAAAUCGUAGCAUCGAUACGAUUAUAAACGAUACAAAUCGGCGUUGUUACAAUCAUCGCGAAACAUCAAUAGAGGAAAGAUGCCAACGUAAUUCGGAUUUGGAUCUUGUCGGUACAAUUCCAAAGCGCAAACAGGAAACUGCACGUAGCGUUAUUUCUAAAGGUAUCGACGGUAAUACAUCGAUGGGUACACAAUUUCCCGUUACGAACAAAUUUGACGUUAGCUCGUCCGACGACGAUUUACUUAUGCGAGUAUUGCAUAAACCGGAUUGUGAAUUGGUGAAACAUCGACAGCAGGCAUUGAACAAGUGCGUCGAUUUGAAACUCAGUAAGCUCGGUGGUGUUGGGAGUGGUACUGGAACCGGUGAACCGCAGGAUCAAGGAUAUGCUUCUGAGCGUUCGCCCGAGGACGAACAUCCACCAUCGUUGCCUGGACAACCAUUUCCAAGUGUAACACCCGAGAGCACUUUCCGAGUGACGUUACAAAAGAGCAGUCGAGGUCUAGGCUUAAGCGUUUCCGGUGGUGGUACUGCAGGACCUGUCAGAGUAAAAAGACUCUUCCCAUUACAACCCGCCGCAUUGUCCAACAAACUUCAACCAGGAGAUAUACUCCUCGCCGCCAAUGGAAUUCCUUUAACCGGUUUAACGAAUUACGAAGCAUUAGAAGUAUUACGAACGACCCCGAACACGGUCGAGCUGGUAGUGUGCAGACUUCCGGGUGACACAAAUGUCACACCACCUGGUGCUCCCCCACCACCUCCAGCACGUCGUGAGCCGCCGCCACCAUUACGAAUUCCAAAUCCUCUGCCGCCACUUCAAAUUGAGCCCUGUGGCGAAUUCGAUAUAGAAAUGAUGAAAGUAGGAGGUAGCUUAGGCUUCACCCUGAGGAAGGCUGACAGCAGUGCAUUGGGCCAUUACGUGAGAGCACUCGUCCGUGAACCGGCUCUCAGCGAUGGUAGGAUUCGUCCUGGUGACAAGAUCGUCGCGGUUGAUGGUGCACCGCUUUCACCGAUGAGCCAUGAAGAGGCUGUGGCACUCUUGAGACAGUGUGGACCAAAGGUGAAGCUUCGAUUGUAUCGUGAUCUGGCACAAACACCGGUUUCCGCUUUAUCACCUACUGAACCGGAUCAUCCUCUUCGUCCACCGCGAACCUGUCUAAGGCAAGAAGCCGUGGAUAUGCUGUGCGAUUUAGCAGCUCGAAAACUAUCACCAGGUACAUCGAGUGGUUCCAGUUGUUUGCAAUCACCUGCCGCAUCCUGUACUUCACCGAGAAGACACCGACGACUCGCUACUCGUACACCCACUGCCGAUAACGAUCAAGAGAUCCCGGAGAAGUUUCACGAAGGACAAACAGCAUCUAUAGGGAGUCAGGCUGAGACUUCGGAUUCCGAUCAGUGUUCCGUAAGAACGCAAAUAACGAAUUCUCAAGCUAAUACACCGAUCUCCAAUACGGAUAUCAUCAUAGAUCCACCGUCACAAUAUCACGUAUGCGAGACAACCGAUUCACCAUUGAGAACUCCAACUCGGCCAAGUUUCUUAGAUCUAUCCGCACCUCAAGGGAAGCCACAUUUUCAAUUUUGCAGCGCCGACUCGGACGAAUAUCCGGUCGAGACUAUGUUAUUCUCCGAAAAGGAUUCCAGUUGUUCGUUCGAGACCGAUUAUCAUGGAAAGGAAAUCCGUGGAUUGUCAAGCGACGAACAGGACAAUGAUUUGCCAUCUGAACCUGCCUCAAUGCCACCAGUACUCUCGUCGACUAGCAGUAAUAGUACUGGUGGUGCCUUCAGUUACAAAAAUCCUGCCUAUCAGAGUGCUAAUCCUGCAUGCGGCGUCACCAUUGACGCCGUAUCAAAGAACAAACUUACGCAUUCAAGCGAUCAAGAUAUACCAGGUAAGAUUCUUGGAACGGAAGAUCCAGCUGGUAGCAAGGGUUUGUUAAAGUGGAAGGGAGUUAUGUUUGCACCUAGCGACGAUAUGAACGAGUGCGAGAAAGACGUAACCAAAGUCGAUAAAGAUAAUUUGGACUCAACGAUAUCUUCUGAGGGUCAUGAUGAACAGGGAAACGAAGUGUUCAUGGUAGAAUUGACACGCGGAUGGAAUAGUCGAUUAGGUUUCAGUUUAAAGUCCGAAGACAAUCACACUGUGAUAUCGGUGGUACAUCCUGAUAGUGUAGCAGCUAGAGAUGGAAGAUUGAAACAGGGCGACGUCUUGUUAAUGGUUAACGAUGAGAGUGUCGAAAGUAUGUCGACGGCUGAGAUAAUAGACUUGUUACGUAAGAUACGCGGUUCUAUAGGUAUUACGGUGAUGAGAAAGAACAAGCAAGAAAAUGCAACGUGACAGUAAAAAUCGAUUAGGUGUCUGAUUAAACGAUCAUAAAAGAUAAAAAAAAACACACACACAGAAAAAGGAUUAAGGAUAAAGGAAUAAAGUUAAAAAAAAAAGAAUGGGGACAAAAAGAGAAAAGGAUCAAAGAGAGAGAGAGAGAGAGAGAGAGAGAGAGACGUUCAUUGGAACGAGCUUAGAACGUAUAGGAUAUACAAUGUUCACGAUCAAUAGAUCCACGUAGAUCGUGGAACUUCGUGAUCGAUAAUAAAAAGACUGCAUUUCCUAUACAUAUGUAUGUAAGAGAGCGUGAAGGAAUAACAUAUAUAAUUGAAAUUAAAUAGAUGAGUUUCCUCCCGAGAGAAAAAAAAAAAAAAAUAAAUUUUAAGAGCGAAAGAGAGAGAGAAAGAGAGAGAGAGAGAGAGAGAGAGAGAGAGAGAGAGAGAGAGAGAGAGAGAGAGAGAAUUAUUUUUCAGCAGAAGCGCGGGUUACUUAUUGAACUUUUACUAAAAAAAAAUAAAUUAAUUAAUUAAUUAAUUAAUAAAAAAAAAAAAAAAAAGAAAGAAAGAAAGAAAAAACUAAACGAGAAUAUACGAAUAAAAAAGAAAAAAAAAAAAAAAAAAAGGAAAGAGAAAGGAUAAAAAAUAAAUCAAAGUGUUCAUCGUAUUUAUGAAAAAUCGUGAAUGUGCAUACGUAUAUAACAUGUUUAUCCCGUUGGCGCAAUGGGAUUCGUUUGAAAUAAUGAAAAGUCAAAUAAUGCGAUAUCGAUCGUCCCGCCCCCACUCCCCCUCAUCCCUCGAAUCUCCACGUAAUAUAUAUAUAUAUAGUUUCUUAUAAUUUUUAUUGUUCACCGCGAUGAUUAAUUAUUUUAUUAUAUCAAUUUCGCGGGAGUCACGAUUGGCGUCGAUUAUUUUUCUUCGUUUUUCUUUCUUUCUUUUUUUUUUGUUUCGUUUUUUUCUUUUCUUUUCUUUUCUUUUCUUUUUCGUAAAUUCGACGUAUUAAACGGACUCCAAUAAUUGUCGUAUACAAUCUUGUACUUAUUAUUCCUAAAAGACAAUAUUUCGUUAAUGAUUAAUGCACGUUCGAAUAUAAUUGAUAAUUAAAUGUCAUUGUCGCAAGGGAAAAAAAAAAAAGAAAAAAAAAAAGAAGAGAAAAAAGAAUUGAAACUUCAUAAUCAAACGAUCAUAAUCAAAAUACUUCACUUUUAGAAUUCUUCGUACGAUUAAUGAUAAUAUAUUUAAAUCUCAUCUUUUUGAUCUAGGCAAAAGAGAGAGAGAGAGAGAGAGAGAGAGAGAAAGAAAAAGAAAAAAGAAAAAAAAAAGUAAUAAGAAAAAAAAAGAAAGAAAGAAAGAAAAGGAAAAAAACAAAACGAAAAGAAAACGAAAUAAGAGAGAAAGAAAAAUAUAUUAAUUAUGUAAAUUAGAUUAAAUUUUAAAUGAAAAUUAAAUUGAACGAACGUUGAUUGAAUAUAAGCUUCUAUACACGCUGAACAUAUCUCAUAACAAAAAAAAAAAAAAAAAAAAAAAAAAGAAAAAAAAACAAACAAACACAAACAAACAAAACACAUACAUGUACACGCAUUCUCUGUAAUAAAAGAAAGAAAGAAAAAAAAGAAAAAAGACAAAAAAAUAAAAAAAGAAAAUAAUAAUCAAUAACAAUAAUAACUUAUCGUCGAUCCACACAAGUCACGGGCUUUAGAAAGCAUAUUUGAAAAUGCAUAGUCUUAUAGGGGGAAAAAAAAAAAAGAAAAAAAAAAAGAAAAAAAAAAAAGAAAAAAAAAAUUGUAAAUUUCGAUUCGCUCAAAGUAAUUUUUAAAAUAUUUCGCUAUCCUGUGACGGGCAAUAAUGUUAAACAUUUAUAAAUAGAUUUUCGUGCAAUAUCGAAACAAUCGGUUUCAUUGCGAUCGAAUAAAAUCAAUCGAUGAUUCAAUUCAUUCAAUGACCUCUCAAAAUUAACUUUAAGAAAAGAAAU